CAUUGACAUAGCGAUAGAACCACUGAUAACAAAAUAUCUAUUGAUGAAUACUUUUUGCUGACUCUCCCGCCUAGUGUUUUGUUUUUAUGGACGAAUCAAAAGUGUAUCGAAGGAGGUUUAGUAUCAACAAAUUUUACAAGUGAAGUGAAGUGCUGUGAUAAAAUUGAUGAUGACUAAAAGUGUUUUGGACUGCUCGUGUCUAGUUUGAAUUUGUUUGUUGUCUAUUUUUAUAGUUCCAUUAUGCUGCAGAUGAGUAUCUGCGCAAUACAGAUGAAUUUAAGAAGAGUGACAACACAAAACGAGCCCUCAUGCCAAUGAAAAUGCUAGCACAUGCUGCGAAACGAAAAAGUGUAUCCAUACAUGAGUGAUUGCGUAAUUGGGUGACAUCGGCAGCGAUGCAAGAGAUAUGCAAUACCGCGCUGCCGCUUGACAGUAACCCCUUGGUCCGCAAGAUAAAAUGCGAAGAGUUCCCCGUGAGAGGAAAGCAAGCAGCAAGAAUCGCAAUGGGGGUCCGCGAUGAUAUGGAAGAGGAGUUCGUGGUGAAGACGAGGAACACGCCGCCGAUGGGGCCCGCUCCUGGUCAGGAGCAUCCACGCAUGGAGCAUGGGGGCAACGGUUUCUGGCUGGCAGCGGUCACCGCAGCUGGAGCACCCCAUCCUAUGCUCGAAACGUGUACAGAGACUGGAUUCAUUAACAGUCAACCGUCUAUGGCUGAGUUCAUGACGGCACUACCGCAGCUGGGAGGAGGCGAAUUAAGUCCGCAGCAUACUCCUCCCGGCUACGCCCCAGACCUGCCGUCGCCUGGUGGUGGUCUGAACGUCCCCGAAUACCCUUGGAUGAAGGAGAAAAAAACAACUAGAAAAAACAGCCAACAAGAAAAUGGCCUGCCACGUCGAUUACGGACCGCCUACACAAACACGCAAUUGCUGGAGCUAGAAAAAGAGUUUCACUUCAAUAAGUACCUGUGCAGACCUAGGAGAAUUGAGAUUGCAGCUUCCCUUGACCUGACAGAAAGACAGGUCAAAGUAUGGUUCCAGAAUCGACGAAUGAAACACAAAAGACAAACAAUAAGUAAAAGCGAAGAUGGUGAUGAUAAAGAUUCUACAACUUCAGAAGGUGGCAAGAGUUCUAAAACGGGGUUAGAAAAAUUCCUCGAUGACGAUGGUCCAUUGUCUGGCAAGAAGAGCUGUCAGGGAUGCGAACUACCACCGGGUGCUCUAUGCUCUCCAGCUGAGGACCUUCCGGAAUUAACGUCGCGAACACGUAACAACAACACUCCUAGUGCUACAAAUAAUAACAGCUUUGCAAGCGAUGGUGCUUCCAGCGUUGCUUCAUCGUCUUCUCUUGAUAAACUAGCGGAAGAAGAUUCUCGGGAAGGUCUACCAACAGCAAUCCCUGUAACGACCGCACCUAGAAGUCUAGCUAAAAGAAUUAAACAAGAGUCAAGAAAGCGGUCUCCUUCGUUAGAUGCGACGGGUUGUAAAGUAUCUCCUUCGUCUUCGAAAGACGGUCUCGUUGGUAUCGCCGGCUUAUCAGAUGUUGGGAAAUUUUCAUCAGUUAAUUUAACACCAUCAACGACUCCGGGCACGCCAUCUAGUAUGCACCAAAGUCCUCUUGGCCUCUAUCCUCGGCCAUCGCCACCGCACGCGCCGACAGGAGCAUCUCUUCCUCAAGCUGUACCUAAUGCAAUGCCCCCUUACGUUAUUAGAGGGAAUGCUCCACCAGGUCAAUUUGUGCCGCACCCAGAUUUUCGUAUGGACCCAAAACAAUUUGUGGGUAAACUGGCUCAAUACCCUCAAAGUAAUAGAUCCUAUGAUGCUUACGGACCAGCAUUACAAGGCACAGAACAACAUGUCUACACUAGAAAUCAGCAUCAUUCAAGACAAGAUGGUUCUCCUUCUACGAGGACAACAAAUGGAGUAGGAUCUCGACAAUCCUACCCACACGAAAUGUACCAAAACUACGCUUAUGGAAGUUAUGGAAAAGACCAAGUUGCGUACGGGCAUUCUAGCUACGAGCAGGGUCAAGGGUACGCAGGUGAACAUGUUGCUUAUCCAAAUAGCCACUACGGAUACCACUAUCAUGAAAGCGCACAACAUGACCCAACACAUGGUUAUUACGGAAGUGAUGGACAAAAGAAUGUGCAUGGCGCUGACUAUACAAAGAAUGCCUACUACGACGCAAGCUCAUAUGGUAGCCAACAAGGAAGUGCAACGGCAGGGAGCUAUGGUACGGCAGGACAAGGAUCUGCUUCGGGAGAAGCGUACGGCGGUAGUGGCGAAUGCGGAGAUAGCUAUGGUUCCUUCCAACAGUUUUACGAAGCUACACAUACGACGCCGGCAACUGGUGACAAUUCUAAUUCUUCGUCUGACUUCCACUUUCUGAGUAAUCUAGCAAACGACUUUGCUCCUGAAUAUUACACCAUUUGAGAUAAGGACUUCGAUGAGCAGACGAGCGAUCUGUUCCUAUAAUAUUCUAAAUGCGUUUGAUACGCCCAACAUUAUGUAAAUAAAGGAAAUUAGUAUAAGGGUUAAAGGUGUUGAAACAUAAAAUGGAACUGAACAUCGCCAAAGGUGAUAAAAUUGAUAGAUAAUUUCCCUGUUUCUCUUUAUACAACUCACAUACCGAUAAGCUACGCUAUACUCAGUAAUAAUGUAAUAAAAUGUAAAUAAGUAUCUCAGUUACUAACUAAUUGUUAUUUUAUUAGGAUACUGUAUAUGUAACUCAACAAUUUAAAAGAUGCGUACCUAACUAUCAGAUUAUUAACAAUUCAUGCAUUUUUUUACUAAAAUUGGUUAAGUACAAGAUAAAGUCUCAUGCUCGUGAAUUAUGAAAAAGAUUUCAAUAAAGGCGCGCUCGGAUCUCAUAGGUAUAACUGCCUAUUUUUAAAUUGAUGCAUUGUAAUUGUACACAUUUAACAAUUAUUUAUUAAACAACAACAAUUUUUUAGAAGUUAAAUUAUGUAAAUUUGUUAAAUAAUCUUUGUAAAAAAUACCCAGUGUAUUUAAAAUAC